AUGUCACUGCGAUCUUCUGCGUGUGCCUGUGACGGGCUGCAUCAUGAUCAUCCGCGGCGGCGUGGGCGGUCAUUUCGCUGUUCAAGACGCGCUGGAGACCCCUCAAUCCAACCGCCUCCUCAUACUCCUCCAUCAGCUCUUCCACGAUCCCUCCUUGUAAAUCUGCCUGCCCCUACCUUGCAUCUUCAUGUUUUUUGUUGUUGUCCAGCAUGUGUUCCGUGGUUGUGUUUCGCUGUUGUGCCUGCAAGCAAGCGUCUCGUUUUGUGCAGUGCAGUGCUAUUCGUUCUUAGGCGCCAGUGUAUUGUGGCUGUAAUUGCUGGUCGUUGUUGUCGCCCUUUGUUGUUGUGUGUUUCAAGUGCGUCAGACUGGCUGGCUGCCGUUUUGCUUUUGUCUUCUUCUCCCCCCCCCCCUCUGCUCGCGUGCCCUUGA